AUGAACAAUAAUACAUUACCUGGAUUAGCACGAACAGCCACUUUAUUUGCAGUUGAGCAAGAAGAUGAUGAAAUAACUCUUAUUCUUCAAGAUUAUAUUAGAAGAAAAUCCAAUCGAAAUACGCCUGAAAGACUUCCAAUAAUAAUUGAUGAAAGAUCCACUAUUGAUGAAAGUAGUGGUCAGAUAGAGUUAGAUGAAACUGAAAAAGAUGGAGAAAUUAUGAUAGAUACAAACCUCCAAAAUGUGAAAAAUCUGAACAGGGUUAUUACCAAAGGUCAGCCGCCCAAUCAAAGGUAUUUGAGUAGUGUGGAAAAGGAACAGAAUGCUCGAGGAAAGCCCAAAACUAGAGGCUCUUAUAAAUGUCGUGUUUGCAAUGGAAUAGGACAUAAUGCCGCUUUUCAUAAAAAUGUGAGUAAUAAAUAA